AUGGCACCACCUCCUCCUCCUCCUUAUGAUCCAUAUGCAGGCUAUCCUGUUCCACUAGUACCAAUGCCUGCUUCAGUUUCUAUAGCUGCGCCUAGCAGUUAUGUUCCGGUUCAGAACACUAAAGAUAAUCCUCCUUGCAACACCCUGUUUAUUGGGAACUUGGGAGAGAACAUUAAUGAAGAAGAAGUGAGGGGCCUUUUCAGUGUACAACCUGGUUUUAAGCAAAUGAAGAUUUUAAGGCAGGAGAGGCAUACAGUUUGUUUCAUUGAGUUUGAAGUCUGUAAACUUUUGUUCAUAUUUGUCAGCUUCAUCAUGAGGAAGCUUUCAUCAAAACCUAUGUAUUCGUAG